UGUACUGAACUCAAUAAGAACCGACUUGUACCGCCCCUGGAGAACUGAUAUGCUGCAUCACGAAUAAGAACACCUUGGCAUCCUGGGCUCACGCCUGCCCCCCCGGUACAAUGAACCGCCUCUCCAGCCGCGUGUCCCCCGCGCCAGCCGCCAUCCCUCACCUCUCAACGGCUCCCAUUCACACAUCCGCCCCCUGCCGUGCCCAACGCAUCUAUCCAACAAACUACACGCCAAAAGGCAUCGGUCUGUCUCCCAUCAAACCCCGCAAGCCGGCGCCGCCUCCCCCGGGCUGGACCCCCUUCGCCAUCUCCAACCUGCUCCUCGAUCUCGACGCCUACGAGAGCCGCUACGUCCGCCCCUACGAUGACGCGGCCGACGACGCCCGUCAGAAAGCCGCCUGGGCCGCGCACCCGACCCGUGACGCCCUCAAGCAGGCAGCCCGCGACUUCUCCCCCGAGUUCCGCCGCGCCAACUUUCUCUUUGCCGAGGCCCACGGUGCGAGGUCCUCGCGCAAGUGGCGCGUCGGCGAGCUCGACCUCUUCGCCGGUGCUCUGCUGGGCGUUCGGCCGGCGAAGGAGGACGCCAGAGCGUCGGCAGCAGCUGCGGGAAAGAGGCCGUCGGCGGUCGAGGAGCUCGCCAUUGUCGUCAAGCAAAACGCCAUUCCCUCGAGCGCCGCGCAGGGCGAGCGCCUGCUCGAGUGGCUGCUUCACCGCCAGGCGCAGCUCGACGAGACGCUGCCACCUGACGCAGCCGUUCUCGAGAGCCGCAUCGAACCGCACGAGACGACAAAGCUUGGUACUGAGACCAGCGGUAGCAGCGGUAAUGCCGCUCAGCAGCGACCUGAGUGGUCGGGUUUCUUGUCAUGGAAGAGGCUCGUCACAGCAAUUUUACAGACGGAGACGGGAGUCGCCAUCCUCGCCAAGAGAAAGGAGGAGCUGGCGAGGACGAUGGAAGGGUUGCUUACGCCCGCGAAUGCACUGGACCAGCUCGUCUUCCUCAACAACCUGCAUGCGAGAUUUCAUGCCGACGGCGUCGAGCUGGGCCCUCAUCUCUGCAGCGCAGGGCUUGUGCUAGCCGCCGAGGCUCGACAAGGUCGCGCGCUGACGCGGUAUCUUAGCAUUGGUGCUGGCAGUGGCUACUGGCAAGCAUCGAGGGAGGGGGCAUCGGCUACGAUUCCGGAUCUGAUGCUGCAGAAUCUGAGGGCUGUGCUCGUCAAGGCCGAUGAUGGCAGCAUUUCAUUCGACGACAGUGCAUCGAAGCUUCUGGUUGCACUCGAUAGCGACGCCGCCGUUGCUGAUUCUUCCAUAGAGCAGGACGCGCCCGCAGGCCGCCAGCCGCAGGCAGCGAGUUCAUGA